AUGGCUCGACGAUCUCUUUUCGCUGUCGCGACGCUCGCCUUUGGCAUUCUUGGUGCUAAUGCCGGUCCUUGCCGACCUGCCACGACCGUGACGAGCGUCGUCGAGACUUCUUCGACUGCCGUGGCUGAGACAUCGUCGACUACUCUGGUAGAGGCUUCGUCCACUACCGUGGUAGAGAGCUCUUCUACCACCCUAUUCGAGACUUCUACUUCUCUGGCCGAGUCCUCAUCUACUACAAUCGCCGAGACCUCGACGACUUCUGAAGCGCCAGACUGCGACACAACCCAGGUGCUCGUCAACCCGAGUUUCGACGACGAUGACGGCGCUCCCUGGACUGGCAUUGGCAACCUCAGAAGCACCUCUGAACCUCGCACGGGUAGCCACAACCUGCGCGCCGUAUUCAACGGUGGCGGUGUUGAGACCUACACAUUUUCCCAGACCCUGACCAACCUCAACGGCCCCUACCGACUGUCCUACUACUGGCGCGUUGCCGGCAUUUCCUCGUGGAUGCCAGACCCCGGCUUUAGCUGCAACAUUGUGCCCACCGUUGGAACCCGUCGAUUCAACGGGGUGAGCCCCUGGAACGGCGCGAACUCUUGGACUGAGGCCACCGAGAUCUGGACUCCGUCGAGCCCCUCAGGACAUGUGGACCAGGCUACGGUGUCUUUCAAGGUCAACUGUAAUGGCGAUUUUAACCAGAUGGUCCUCGCAAUCGACGAUGUAACCUUUACAGAGAUCAAGUGCGAACCCAUCUCAACCUAA